AUGGAAAUGCAGCUUCAAUUUCUCAUCUAUACACUUUUGUUUCUGAGAAUGGAGGCAAUGGAGGGAGUUGAUCUCAUCGGAGUUAGAGAUGAACUGGGUCUCAACCAAACCUUGACCUCUAAAAAUGGAGUCUUUAAGAUGGGUUUCUGGCGCCCUUCAGGAUUGGGAAAAUACUAUUUGAGCAUCUGGUACGCUGCCAUUCCUUUGGAUGAGAGGGCUGUAAUAUGGACAGCGCACAAUCCAUGCGCUAAAUACUUAUGCAGCCUGGAGCUCUGUCUUAACAGCGGUUUGGUUAUCCAUGGAACAACCUGGAGGAGCUCUGCAAAUAUAACAGGGGUCAAUAUCGCAAAGCUUACAGGCACAGGCAACUUGAUUGUGUUGGGAACAAAUGGAAGUACAAUUUGGGAGUCGUUUGAGCACCCAACAAAUAUUCUUGUUCCAGGCCAAAAACUGAAACCUGGGCAAAAGCUCCAUUCCUGGAGUUCUGAGACGGAACCUGAGCGUGGCUCUUAUUCAAUUCGAGUAGUGAAGGGACAAGGAAUGUUUUUCUAUUAUAAUACAUCUCCUAAAUAUGCAAUAAGAACAGAUGGGCUGCCUGGAGAUUUGUAUGGUGAGUUCCUAGAGAACAGGAGGUGCAAUCUUCUUGUUGCCCAUGGCGUCGAUCAUCGCAUUGUCGCAUUUCGUGACAUUCUCAAUACAGCAGAUGCCUCCGCGCCCGCCAGGAUACAUUUUGAUAUUUUAGGAGAUCUUAAGCUUGAGAUCUGGAACAAUGAUUCGUGGGUUUAUUCCUGGAAUCAAACAUUAAUUAUUUCUCCUGAGAGAAAAUCCCCUGCCCCUGCCCCUUCCCCUGUUCCUCACUCUGCAGCUCCCCCACCGGGCAAGAGCAAAGGGGCAUCACAACGAUUUCUCAUUCCCACCAUAAUCUGUAUUGUGGGUUUUUGUGCAGUGAUUAUAGUUUUAUGGUCCGUGUGGAGGAAAUGCAGAACAAGAUUGAAGGGCUUAAGAAAUGUUGGAUCUGCUGCUCCUACCAGGUUUGAUUACAAGUUUCUGAAAAUGGCCACAGAUAAUUUCAAAGAGGAACUCGGACGCGGCGGCUUCGGCUCCGUUUACAAAGGCAUUCUGGAAGACAACAAUCUUGUUGCUGUGAAGAAACUGGACUGCUCAGGCCACUGCGAACAGGGAUUUGAAAAUGAGGUAAUGUCCAUUGGCUCCAUUCAUCACCUAAACCUGGUUCGCCUCAUAGGCUUCUGCACAGAGGGAAAAGACCGGAGACUGUUAGUGUACGAGUACAUGGAGAAUGGGUCUCUCGACAAACACCUUUUCGACAGAAGAUCUAUUCUUCCAUGGCAUGCACGCUUCAAAAUUGCUCUUGGGGUCGCCAAAGGCCUGGCAUACUGUCACGACCAAUGCAGAGCCCGAAUUGUGCACUGUGAUUUGAAGCCCCACAAUAUCCUUCUCGAUUCCCAGAUGGAACCCAAAAUAUCAGACUUUGGUCUGGCGAAGGUCAUGGGCAGAGAUCAGAGCGGCACUCUUACCAUUUUCAGAGGUACCAGAGGAUAUUGUGCUCCAGAAUGGCUGCGAGACGUGCCCAUUACUGUGAAAGCAGAUGUCUAUAGCUAUGGUCAGAUGUUGUUUGAGCUCAUUAGCGGGAGAAGGAACUUGAUAACGGAACUCAGCCCUGAAAGACAGUACUAUCCUUGCUGGUCUUUCAAUCAAUUAAGGGAAGGCAACGCAGCGGGUGUAGCGGAUGCAAACCUGGGCAGUUCUGUUGAUGUUAAUCAAGUGGAGCUGCUCUUCAAAGUGGCUUUCUGGUGCAUUCAGGGCGACUGUAAUAUCAGGCCUUCCAUGGCACAAGUGGUGCAAAUGAUACAAGGAUCUAUGCACGUAGAAAUGCCUCCGCGUCCAAAGAAUCUUUUGUUUCAGGUGAAUCUUCUAUUCACCAGUGAUCCCAGCUCCUGA